AAUAAGUAGCGCUGCAUUACAUAAUCUCUCAUCGAUGGUGUAAUCCUUCGCUUCAGCCUCUUUUUACAGCUUAACUGCAGUACUUUAUACAUGAUUAAUGGGUCCAUACAGGAUCUACAUCAGUGUGGGUUAUGCCACUGUCGGCACGUUGGUGGGAUUUUCGGCGUUUAUCGUGUGGAAUGUGGUUUAUAAACAGCCAUGGACGGCGGCGAUGGGCGGAUUAUCAGGAGUUCUGGCACUCUGGGCACUGGUCACCCACAUUAUGUACAUUCAGGACUACUGGCGCACAUGGCUGAAGGGACUCAAGUUCUUCAUGUUUGUUAGUUCCGUCUUCUCCCUCCUGGCUGUUGCUGCUUUUGCCACAUUCAUAGCUUUGGCUAUUAUAGAAAAGCAAUCAAUAACUGACCCCAAGAGCUUCUAUCUAUCAGCUGUGUGGAGCUUCAUGACUCUUAAAUGGGCCUUCUUGCUGGGCAUGUACUCCUACCGUUACCAUCAGGAGUUUGCUGACAUCAGCAUCCUCAGUGACUUUUGAUUGGCUCCUUCAUCUCUAAUAGAUUUGUAGUUGCCAGUCGGUGGCUUCACCUGCCAAUGUGGAGAUGGAAGGAUGGAUGGAUGGAUCUCCUUUUUAAUACCGUUUUACGGCCUCCUUGCUUUCACAGAAAAGACUCAAAUCUCAGCCCCUCCUUCCCUCAGAUCCCUGGAGUAAGAAGUCAGUGAAUGUCUGUGAUCUGCCUCUUUCCUGUUAAUUUGGGUUAAUAGAGGGUUUUAUAUUGAUAUUGGAUAAAGGUAUGUCAAGUGUUUUCGAUAGCAGUUGAUACACUAGGAUUUGGUCACAGGUAGAUGUUACUUUACUCAGGGCAGUGUCGCUCCAAAAUGUCAUAUGUGAAAUGAAGGCUUUCCUUCAUUGUCAGAAAAAAAGCACAAAAAUUGUACAUUUAGGGGUGCAACAGUUUGUCACUGGGCCAGUAGACCUUCUCUACCCCUUUAUAAGGGUGCAUAUUAGUACCUGAGAGUGAUUAUAUGCAUUCCUAGGGUACCACCAUAAACCCUUUUGGGUGAAUAUGGUCCAGAAGUCUC